AGUGGUGGGGAGAAAAUGCAGGAAAAGGAGAAAAACUGGGACAAAUGCAGCCUCCUGUGCUGUGGGCCUGGCAGAAAAGGGUUAAGCGAAGCGGUUGGAUGCUGCAAGCCUUGUCAGGGUUGUACUAUUUUUUCUAGUGCAUAAGGAGAAGGGAGAGGAGGGUUGCACGGAAAAGGGAAAUUUCCAAGAAAAGAGGGAUCUGCGACAAUAUCUGCACCUCGGGUGAUGAAGAGAGGAUCCAACAGGCAUAAAUGGCCUGGAGACGGCUGGAAUCUUUGCUGAGGAGUUUGGGACCACAGGGUUAUUUUCCACCUGCCUCCCCUACCCGGUUCUGUAAUCCUGGCUCAAAGUAGACAAGUGGAGUUGGAGCUGAAGAAGGGAGGCGAUGCCACACCUCCCGAGGACACUGGGGACAUCGGGGUUUGCUGAGCUUAGCAUCUUCUCACCGUCGUACCGGAGGCAUCAGACAGACGCUCAUCUGCCCUGAAGUGCAGAUCUGCAACAGCUACCGAGAAGACACUGUCUCUCUGUCUCUCUCUUUUCUCUCCCUCUCCAGUCCAAACCAUUACAAGACCUGACUUCCACCAUCUGGGAAUCUAACCCCUUUUAUGUCCCUUCUCCUUUUUCUACGAUGACUCACCAUUAUUUUUAACUUUGAAGAGAGAGGAAAUUAUGGGGAUCUUGGAAGCCUGUAUUUCUCUCUAGGAUUUCCCCAGGGUCAGAUAAUCGGUGUUACUAAAGAGACACUAAGAUUUGGCUUCUCCAGCAGGGGCAAUUUUCUUUCCUUUUCUUUUUUAUUUUCUCUCUUGUUUUGUUCUCUCAUCCCUUCGCCUUUUCAUGAGACACUUCCAAACCUACGUACCUGUCCUUCCGCAGGAUAGUAGUCCUGCCCUGAACCCAAUCCCACCACCGGGCACUGGGAAGUGUUUAGCAUAAGGAUUUCUUUUAAACCCCAAUAUGACAGUUGCUACUGGAGAUCCUGCAGAUGAAGCUGCAGCUCUUCCCGGUCACCCACAGGACACGUAUAACCCUGAGACCGACCAUGAAUGCUGCGAGAGGGUGGUCAUUAAUAUCUCAGGGCUGCGCUUUGAGACACAGCUCAAGACAUUAGCCCAGUUUCCAGAGACCUUACUAGGGGAUCCUAAAAAGAGAAUGAGAUAUUUCGACCCGCUCCGGAAUGAGUAUUUCUUUGACCGGAACAGACCCAGCUUCGAUGCCAUCUUGUACUAUUACCAGUCUGGUGGGAGGUUGCGGAGGCCAGUUAACGUGCCCUUAGAUAUCUUCUCAGAAGAGAUUCGUUUCUAUGAACUGGGGGAAGAAGCAAUGGAGAUGUUUCGGGAGGACGAAGGUUACAUCAAAGAAGAGGAAAGGCCGUUGCCUGAGAAUGAGUUUCAGAGACAAGUGUGGUUGCUCUUUGAGUACCCCGAGAGCUCAGGCCCUGCCAGGAUUAUAGCAAUUGUCUCCGUCAUGGUGAUUUUAAUCUCCAUUGUCAGCUUUUGCCUGGAAACAUUGCCCAUUUUUCGGGAUGAGAAUGAAGACAUGCACGGCAGUGGGCUGAGCCACACCCCCUACUCCAACAGCAGCAUGGGGUACCAGCAGUCCACCUCUUUCACAGACCCCUUCUUCAUCGUGGAGACACUUUGCAUCAUCUGGUUCUCCUUUGAGUUCUUGGUGAGGUUUUUCGCCUGCCCCAGCAAGGCUGGGUUUUUUACCAACAUCAUGAACAUUAUAGACAUCGUAGCCAUCAUUCCCUAUUUCAUCACCUUAGGGACAGAGAUGGCCGAGAAGCCGGAGGAUGGUCAGCAAGGCCAGCAGGCCAUGUCCUUGGCCAUCCUUCGAGUCAUCCGCUUGGUGCGGGUCUUCAGGAUCUUCAAACUCUCCCGGCACUCCAAGGGGCUGCAGAUCCUGGGGCAGACUCUCAAGGCCAGCAUGCGGGAGCUGGGCCUCUUGAUAUUUUUCCUCUUCAUUGGUGUCAUCCUCUUCUCCAGCGCCGUCUACUUUGCCGAGGCCGACGAGAGUGAGUCCCAGUUCCCGAGCAUCCCCGAUGCCUUCUGGUGGGCUGUGGUUUCCAUGACGACUGUUGGCUACGGAGACAUGGUCCCCACGACCAUCGGGGGGAAAAUAGUGGGUUCCUUGUGUGCCAUCGCUGGCGUAUUAACGAUUGCCUUACCAGUGCCCGUCAUAGUGUCUAACUUCAAUUACUUCUACCACCGGGAGACGGAGGGAGAGGAGCAGGCUCAAUAUUUGCAAGUAACCAGCUGCCCAAAGAUCCCCUCUUCCCCUGACCUAAAGAAAAGCAGAAGUGCCUCUACUAUUAGUAAGUCUGAUUAUAUGGAGAUUCAGGAAGGCGUAAAUAAUAGCAAUGAGGAUUUUAGGGAGGAGAACUUGAAGACAGCCAAUUGCACCCUAGCUAACACAAACUAUGUGAAUAUCACCAAAAUGCUAACCGAUGUCUAGUGGCUAAAAUCUAGUAACCUAUUUAAAGCUGAAGUGGAACAAUUGCAGAUAUUGAGUGCUGCUCUGCAUUGUAGUUACUACAGUAUUUUCUACGGUGUAUAUUUGGUUCUGCAUGGGAAGCAAUAGCUGUGUAAGUGACUUUUAACCUUUGAUUUCCACACCCAAUAAGCGUUCGUGCAAAAAACCAACCCCAACAACAAACCAUUUUGUUUCCCUUCUCCCAUCCCAGGUGGGUUUCCAAAGAUGGAGUGGUGGAGCAAUGGGAUGGGCAUGUGGGGGGGAAACUCCAGACCAUCCCGGGGUACCAUGAAUGCUGCUCCCUGUCCCAUGCAGCUGGGUAAGAGCCAGCUUCCAGGCAUGGGGAACGGCUGGGAAAGGUCAGGCAGAGCUUAAUGAAGAGAAGAUGCAGUCGUGUGUCCGAAUUGCUGGAAGGCUCAGGUUUCCGCCCUGGGAAUGCCAAGUGCGAACUCAUCACCCAGGCUCGUGUUUCAUAACUGAAAAUGCUGCAUGCUGCAAUAGUUGGAGCCACUGCAGUAUGCCAGUGUGAGGCCCAGGGGAGGGAUAAUUAGUAUGAAGACACAUUAUUUAUUAAGUCUUACAUUUUCUAUGCCAGGCAUCGGGAGGAAUGAGUAAAUAAAUCAAGCGCUUGGAUUGAAAUAUUCUCUUUAGAUGCCACUUCCAUCACCAAUAUUUCCAGGAUCACCAAAGACACCUCCACUGACACAUUGAAAAUGAGUUGGAAAAAGCAUCUUUUUUUUGGUAUCUAUAUAUAUGAAAACAGGAGCAACUAUGCUGUGGCCUAUAAUAUAUUUAUACUGCAGUGAAAUCUAACCAGUAAUACAGUACAGCUGCAUGGAUAUUCGUUGCAUGAAUCUGAAUAUUUAAUACACACACAAAUAUCUAUUUUCUUAGUAGACUAUACAGUAUUCAUGUUUAUAGUGUUUAUAGAUUCUCCGGUGGCUUGAAGGAGAUUCAUGGGAGUUAAAAACUCUCCAUUAGAUUUAAAACCUGGAUGGGGAAGGCAUGUGCUGACAACAGUUUGAUAGAUAACAAGGCAAAGCCUGAGUUUCUGAGCAGCCAGACACAAGGGCCAACUAAUGCAAGAGAGAGAAGGUGAGCUGAAAGUUAAACACCUGCACUCAUUAUAGGGCGCGUAAUUAGUCAUUAAUCUUGGUUUCAGGAGCAGAAACCCACAGUGGAUCAGAGAGGGCACGAGGAGCAGGUGGAAAAGCAGGUACUGGCUUUCUUGACUUGUUUGGUCAGCAGUUUUCAGCCUUUCCCCAUAUAAUUAGUGUGUGUGUGUGUAUAGAUAUUUAGAGAGUGACUAUAGGGCCAAAUCCUCAGCAAAUGUGAGUGUUUGGAGCAUUGGGACCUUCUCAGUGCAGGAAUGCUGGAUGGUGGGACAUGGGCUGGGAGCAGGAUGACCUGCCCUAUGGCACCCAUGGGCAGGGUGUGUUUUAGGCUGGAAAAUUCCUUUGCAAUCAUGUAGAACCUCAGGGCUGGUGUUUUGUUCCUUUAUGGUGGAGAGGGCACGUGCUAAGGGGGGGCUGGAUCUGAGCUGGUACCUCUGAGCCUCUGCUUUGCCUUCUCCCAAGGUUUUUAGGAGGGGUGAGUCAAGGUGCAGAGACCCUGAGGUUGUCUCUGCUUCUUCUUCAUCCUGGUGUUCCUUGGGGAUAGGUGGAAAGUGUAUGUCCAGGAAGAUCUCAUCUGAUUUCCCCAUCCCUGUCUGCCCUUUCUUGUGUUUCCCCCCACUACUGACAAUCCCCAGGGAUGUGUAUCUGUUCUUCUGCCAGGUCAGGAGAGAGGGAUGCAAACCACGUCCAAGGUCAUGGUCAAGCAAAGCUUCCCUCAAGGGGCAUGGGAUGGGGUUUAGCAGCCUGUUGAGUUGGGGUGAAUUUGUGCUGAAUUCCUGCAUGGUCAGGGCUGUACUGCUGUGAAGUAUGGGCACAGGGGAAGCGUGCAGAGGGAGUUUCAAUCAGCCCCAUCCUGAGCUCAGAGAGGAAACCCAUACUAAUAACAAUAACCCAAACGGUGCUAGCGUAUUCUACAGCAAUGGCUCCAAACGCUGCUCGGGGGCUGGAUCCAUCCCUUGUGCUGAUGUGGCUCCACUUGGGCAGGUGGAAUCACUCCUCGUUUUUACCUGAUUGAUCGAUUGAUUCACACCAGGCUAUAAUUAAUACCAAGUGUCCACUUAGUGCACGAGAGUCCUGGCUGCUGCUUGGUGCAGAGGACCAGCAACAUCAGUGUGCUGGGUCUCAAAGGUGCUCAGCACCACGCAGCAUGGGACCCUCAGCCUGUCUUUAAUUAUAUCUGGUUACAUUAGGAUCCCUCUCCUCCCUCUUCACUGCUGCACCUCAGAAAUGGGAGUCCCUGAAGCCUGUUAACACCUUAAAACACACAAAAGAAGCAAUGCAACCGAAAGCAAUAAAUCUCUGCUUCUGAAGCUCAUCAAAUAGGAUGGGGCUGGCAUGAGCCACUGCGUCAGGCACAAUUCCCAGGGCAGCUGGCCAGCCUCCAUUGAUUCAGCUUGUGUUGGGACCAUAGGGAUAUGAUUUUGCACAGGGAAGCUGCCUGGUGCACCGGGAUUCUGCCUUCCCACCCUUGGGUGCUCUUAGCGCUGGGUGAUCCCAUCCCUGGGGUGUGGGAAAGCACCAAGGCCAAGGGCUGGUUGCUGCAGGGGUUUUGAGGAGCUGCUGACCCUCAAUGGGACUUUGCACUGGUUGUUUAAUGCCUUAGGUUUUGGGUGAUUUGGGGGGAGCUGUUGUGGUUCAGUAAGGAGGAAGAUGUUGGGGUUUUGAGGUGGUGUUGGUUUGGGUAUGGUGUCCAUGGCUUUCCCAGGCUGGGCAGGAAGGAAAGUGGGUGUGUGAGCAGGAUGGGGCACAUCAAACCCACUCACCAAGCUGGGAGGUCCGGGCUGCUUUGGGAAUGCCCAGAGCCGCAUUGCAGGGAUGAAUGGGCCCAAAGAGUGAGAAGCCACGUUCCUCCUGGAACAGGAGCAUGGGCAGUCCCUUCCUUAGGAUGGAUUCUGCACCUCCUGCAUAGGCCCAGGCAGAUGUUCCUGGGGAAAAUGAGCCCUGGUGGGAUAACACUGCUGGUCUGUUGUUGGGAAAACAGGAAAACACCCGGACAAGUGCUUGGAUGUUUGGUCUGGGGCAAGAAAGGUCCAUGGAGGCCGUGGCUGGAGGCAGUCCAUGAGGCUGCACGAAGCAGAAGGGUCCAGUCUCUCUCCUGCACAGACAAAUGGUUUCCCUAUAGCUUUUAAUGGGAUUUGUGCCUGCAGGUCGGAGCUCUAGUGCUAUUUCUAGCUUUGCUUCUGACUCACUGAUGUGAUCUUGAACCAGUUUUUCAGGAGACUGUGGGUUUUCUUUUUCUCUUUUAUUUAUUUUUUCUUGAGGAAUUUGAUUUGGGAGAUUCUGGGCCUGUUUCUGCAGAGAUGCUGAGCCUCCAAAACUCCCCUUGACUCUGAAAGGGUGCAAAAAUGUGCUGCAGAGCAGCUCAGCCUGAGGAUGCUAAAUUAAGGACUGGGGAAGGCGAGGGUCCCACCAUCUGUGUUAGAUUGCAUCAGGCCACUUAACGUAGGUGUCUGGUUCCUUUCCUCCUCCCAUGGAGAUAUUUGCCUCUCUCCAGGGGUGAGAUGGAGGAGAGGAUCCCUCUGGUUUGUGGAGGUGCUCCUGGCUUGGCACCCAGAGGAGAAGCCCCUGUAUUUUAGCUUUAUCCUUUGUGGCAUGGUUUUUUGGAGAGAUGGAAAAUGGUGAUUAUAGUGCAGGUUGUCUUCUAACACCCAAGCACAUGCCCAAGCCUGCAAGCAACCCAUCAGCCCUUUAAUAUGUCCCAAAUCUCUGCUAAGGGCAAUGAGCUGAGGCUCAUCUACCAGCUGGACACCACUAAGUGAUGAGGGAAAAAUUAUCUAUAUGGGCCAAUGUGUUUUAUCGGAAAACCUGAUCUCUGCAGUGAUGUUCUGUGUCAGAGUCCUGCAGAUCUGAACACUGAGCUAUAGGAAGCAAAGGAUCUCUAGAUUGUUGUUAUGAGAGUGUAGCACGUGGGUGUAUAAAUAUGGGCAUAUUUGUGCAUAAAUACACAGAAGGAGAGCAAAAGAGAGAGGAGGAGGAGAUAUUUCAGGAAGGGACUUGCUUUGUUAUCAGAUAAUUGCUGGGUCAGCCCUUGAAGUUGCUACCAAAGUCUUUACCAGAGCUGGCAAUACACCUAGGGACGGGCCCAAGCAAAGGAGAUCUGGAUCUGGCCUUGGAAGUGGAGCAUCCUGAGAACUGGUGGCAUCGGCUCCGUGCAUCCCUCUGCAGACCAGCAGCUCUGCAGCAUCUCUGCUCUCGAUCCCGAAUCCCCAGCUUGGGCCUGUCACGACUGUUCCUGUGAUGUGCAGGGAAAGCCAAGCAGAAGUUGAUGGGAUUUAGCUGAAUUCAAGCGCUGCAGUACUCUGGGUUUUCAGGGUUUAUUUCUGUAGUGUUCGUAUUUUAAGUCCCUUGAACCAUGCUGGCUUUUGGUCCCAGGGUGGUGGCAGCUCCCUGUUUUGGAACUGGAGUGGGUUUAUUUCAAGAUCUGCAUCCAUGGGGGUGUCCCAGGGGUUUCUUCAGUCAGUGGGAGCUGAUCAGCAUGCUGCUAGGGUGAAAGGGGCUGAGGGGUGAAGAAAGAAGAAGUCAGACCCAAACUAUUUUGUUUUGCACCCAAAAUAAGGCUAUGGCUUGGUCCCUGCACCCCUGGCAGCAUUUGACCUCUUUCAGACUGAGUUCAUCCCUUGGUCUCUUUGACUGGGGACCAGCUGCUGUCCCCUGCCAGGGGCCCUGAGUGGGAGCAAUGGUCGCCCCCAUGCACCAGCCACUGUUCUGCCCCUGGCCAAAGCACUGCCCUUCUCCAGCCUUGGUCUCACCAUGAGGUUACUCCAUUUGGCUGCUCAAAUUUCAUGCCCCCUUCUCUGGAAUGGAUGCUCUGACCCUGAUGCAUCCCAUCACAGGGGAGAGGAACCAUCCUCCAGCAUUGUAAAUCAUCCCUGAGAGCACAGCACUGAUUUUUACCCGGGGACAAGAUCCCCCAGCCCAGUUGUGUGUGUUGAGAGAUAAAUCCCUUAUCCAUGUUUUUAGUUCAGAAGAGGGAUGGUUUGGCUUGUAGGAACUGCUGGACAUCAUGUAACCACACAAGGUCCACACACAUGGACCCUCAUGGGGACUCUAUCUCCUCCCCAGCCCUGCCUGGUUGUCCUGAGGUUGGGAUUGGUAUUUUGGGGUUUGUUUCUUUGAUUUUUGACUUUUAUUUUCAAUCUUCUGCUGCCUCUAAGACUGUAAAUUACCCUUUUGCACUUGCUCCCUCAUUGCUUGAGACUUCACUCUUGUCCUCCAAUGUCAUCCACUGAAGCACAAGGGAUAAAAAUGGGUAUUGGAUCAACCCUGUACGCGGUGCCUAAUUUGAGUGAAUCGAUAGCAAGAGGAAAUCCAAGAAGGACUCAUCCUAAGGAUGCUGGAGCUGAACCUUUUGUUUCCAUGGUUACGAGAGAAAUGGGACCAGGAAUGGAGAGAGGCCUAUAAACUGUUAAAGAAGGACUCGUGGGAAUUAUUUCAAGUCAUUUAACCAUGCGUUUGCUAGACAAAAACUUUAGACACCAGCUGUAUCUGAAUUGCACAGUGUGUAUAGACAUUACUGCUCUUAUUGACAACGUGGCGGUGCCUGGGGGUCGGGUGGAUAACAGGGUGAGAGGCACCCCAGUCAAUAAGGCUGACCAUUGUAAAUAGGUAUACAGAUCUGUGUACAUACAUAGCCCAACUGAGCAUUUGCUGUCUGGUUUCUCAUGAGUGUAUAUAAUUUAUUCUUCACAGAGUAUCACAAUUUUUGUAAAUAUCAGCACUAAUUAAGAGGAAAUAAAUAUGUAUAUUAUUGA